UACACAAUGUAUCCGUUUUUAACCCAAUAAAUCUGACACUGACAAUGAAAAUGUCCAAAUAAACGACAGGAAAAUUGAAAAUACAGUACACAGACUACAUACUAUUAAGUAUAUAUUAACAGAUACAGUAAAACUGAACCAUUUUCUUCAACAAAAUCUAUUGAAAUAGCUUGCGACAAACACAACAGUGCUUAAAGCCAAGUUGGUGCAGUUGCCAUCAGCAACUUUAGGAGGUUUUGCUUAAAACAUUGACCUGUUAUAGCCAUUCCAGCAAAAUGGGGCACCCCUUGAACGAAAACAACAGCUCCUAUGACUUGUACUUGCAGGAAAUUGAGGGCAUUGAUGAUUACUGGGGCCCCACUUUCAGAUCAAUUUUUGAUAACAAUGAGCAUCAGGACUUCAAAAGGAAGCUGGAGGAGCGAAUCAAGCACCAUGACAAGGAUAUUGAGCGAUUGUGCAACGUGUACUACCAGGGCUUCAUUGAAUCGGUGACUGAACUCUUGGAAGUCAAGUCCCAGUCAAAGAACCUGAAUAACCAAGUGGUUGACUUGGAUAAAAAGUUGCACACCUCGUUUCAAGCCCUAUCCAAGUCGGGAACUGAGCUGCUUCAAGCCAGAAAGGUCCAGAGCAACAUCGCUUUGGUGAUCAGUCAGGUGAAUUUAUCUCUACCAGUUUUCGUGUCCUAUUCAAAAUUGCAGAAGCAAAUCGCAGAGAAACGAUAUUAUCCAGCGUUGAAAACUCUGGAAGAAUUGGAACAUGUCCAUCUGCCGCAUGUGGCCAACUACAGGUUUUCUAAUCAAUUGCAUCAGAAAAUUCCAAAGUACCGCGACAAAAUCGAGGCAGCAUCGAUGACUGAUUUGAAGGAUUUCCUGGAAAACAUCAGGAAGUUUUCACCGAAGGUUGGGGAAGUUGCCAUGCGGCAUACUAGCGAGCAAUUGGCUAGCGAUCCUACAGUGGUCGGCAGGAAAAAGAAACGAACGUUUGAAUCGAGUGGGAAGUAUUCCGACGAAGACCUAAGCGCCCAAGAGUUAAUCGAUUUUUCUCCCAUCUACCGGGGUCUGCACAUUGCGGAUGUUUUGGGCAAAGUUUCCACCUUUGAAGUGUAUUAUAGAUCGGAACGGACCAAGCAGGCUAGAUUAGUCUUGCAGCCCCCAACUAACAUGCAUGAAUCAGAGGACAGUUACCGCAACUAUAUUUAUGCGGUUUUGGGAUUUUUUAUUCUGGAAGACCAUGUGUUGAACACUGGCCGUGGGCUGAUUACCAAAUCCUUUUUGAACGAUAUGUGGUCGGUUGCUUUGUCCAAAAUUGCCACCUCUUUGCAAACUCAUUCGGCCUAUUGUACUGACGCUACCCUGAUGUUGAAAAUCAAGGACCUUAUAAUGCUGUUUUGUACCACUUUGCACAAUUAUGGCUAUUUCGUCAAGCCGAUAUGGGAAUUAGUGCAAGAGCUUCGCGAUCAUUAUACUGAAGUGCUCAUGCAGCGUUGGGUGCAGAUAUUUAGGGAGAUUCUGUCCAAGGAGGACUUUCAGCCCAUAAUCGUGCACGAUGAAGAAGAGUACGAGCAAAUAUUGCAGACGUUCCCCUGCGACGUAGAUCUGCCUGAUGAUGUUGUUUAUCCCUACGCAUUUCCCUUCUCCAGUAUGGUCCCCAAAGUCUAUCAGCAAGUGAAGGAGUUUAUUUAUGCCUGCCUGAAAUUCGCCGAAGAUCUAAACCUCACGCAAAUCGAAGUCGAUGAAAUGAUUCGCAAAUCCAUGAACCUGCUUCUAACCCGAACGUUCAAUGGCUGUUUGUCUUCCUCGUUUAGAAGUCCGCAUAUUAAUUUGCAGAAAAUUACGCAAAUCAUCAUCGAUACUGGCUAUUUGGAAGACGCUAAUGUGUAUCUGGACGAAUUCAUAUCGAAUAUAACUGGAGAAGAAACUAGGAAUAUCGUCUCUAGUUCGAUGCACGGCCAGCACGCAAUGUUCAGAGUGGCCAGAGAAGACGCUGUGCGACAAAUCUGCGAGAAAUUGAAGCAAAAACUGAACGAAUUUCUGGAACUGGAAAGCUACGAUUGGAACUUGGUCGAACCCAGAGGGCACGCUUCCAGUUUCAUAUCCGAUAUCAUCUCCUACUUGCAGACAACUUUUCAUAGUUUCACAGACUUGCCGCCGGAAGUGGCUCUGGUCGCCUGUCGAACUGCCUGCGCUCAUAUUGCGGAUUCCAUGCUCAACAUGCUGAUGAACGAGGAAAUCAAGCAAAUCUCCAUGGGCGCAUUGAAUCAACUGAAUCUGGAUCUAUUGCAAUGUGAACAAUUCGCUGCCUCCGAACCAGUGAAAGGGCUGCAAGAGGAUGAAUUGCUGAAAUACUUUGAAAACUUGCGCGAACUCCUUGACCUGCUGAUUUCGUGGGAUUGGCCCACUUAUUUCCACGAUUACGCUCAGGACACCAGCAGGUACAAGAACGUUCGCCCGGAAAUUGCGAUCGUUCUUCUUGAAAAGCUGAAAGAAGGAGACAAGAAGAACAUAUUCACGGUGCUGAACAAAAACGAGCGCGACAAGAAGAAGCUGCUGGAAACCGUGCUGAAGCAGCUGAGACAGUUGGCAGUAAAGUAAGUUUAAAAAUAUUUAUUAAGUUUUGUUUAUAUUGCGUUCCCGGUGUGUAAUUAAAAGUCUACUGUUGGAAA